CCCCUCGCACGUAAUUGCACGCCGCAGGAGAAGCAGCGGAUAGGGUUCAAUCGCCCUGCUUGGCCUGUACACACACAGCGAUGGUUGGGUAGACAAGGAACACAGCUGCUGAUGGAGGUGGGGGGUGUAUAUCAAAAUGCUGUUUCUCUGUGGAGGCUCACUGAGUUCAAGGGCAAACCCAGUUGUGCAAAGUGAAUCUAAUGAAAAACAAAAUGCAUCGUAAAUAUGUUCUAAAUAUGAGUGGGACUAGAAGCCGAGUUUAUGUUUAGCUUUGUAAAGCAUGGCCACGUCAGGCAGGCUGCGGUUGCUGGUGGAAGCAGUCUGCAGUCUAAAUGGGGCUAAUUGAAUUAGCUUUUCCCCCAGGGCUCCUGACUCUGUUUUUCCUUGAGGGUUUUUGUUUUAUUGGUGUCACACAGCCAAGUACAUGCAAUAUACCUGGUAAAGGUUAAUUUAUGUGUGCAGUAUGCAGGGUUAUUUUACAGUGUGUUUGUUUUGAUGAUUUGAUGGCAAUCUUUGCCAUCAGUAUGUUGGCUUCAGUUGUUGUGUAUCCACGAUAUUUGUGGAAUACUGAAAGGCGAAUCUUGAAAGCCCUGCCAUCCGCAGGGUCACACUCACACUAACCCUCUUAGAAUUUCCAUUGAGUAUUGGAAUGAAUGCAUGUCCUGUUUGACAUUGAUCUCUGAAGAUUAAUAGGGGUGACAUAAAACUAUCAAACAGGCCAGUGAAAAAGCAGGAAAAUUGGUGUGUGUGCGUGCAAACACGCGCGUGAGUCCCUUGCUGUUUGUGUGUAUGCGUCUUUGUCUGUGUAUGCAUGCUUGUGUGAGUGAGUGUGAGCUUGUGCUUGCUUUUCUUUUUAAGGGGGAAAGCCUGCCCACAUUCCAAUGCAUUCAUGUGUCAGCUUGACGGAUGGAUCCCAAGGCGAGGACCAAAUUGGCCCACUUCUCAAGAAAUUCCCAAUGAAACAGACACCCCCACACUCGCUGAUGCAAAAUGGACUCAGAUCCUCGCCCCACCAGCUCACCUCCUGUCCUUGAACCCUGCUCUGACCCACACUGACCUCAGCCCACGGGACAGCCCUCUCAACUUCAAGCCUCUACUGGAACCUCCGACCUCUGGUGGCCCGUCUCUGGCCGAGGUCUUGGUGCCAGAUGUUAAGCAAAGCCUGGAGCUUCCCCCGGAGGCCCGGAGUGAAGAGCGCCCAGCGGACGUCCACAGCCCACCUCUGCUACAGCCCAACAUUGGCAAGCUAGUGAGCGCCGACGGCCAGGCACUGGCCUCCUCUCCAUCCACCGGGGCGCUCAAAAACAGCUGCUUGCCCGGGCCGAGCUGCAACGGUCUCGUUGAGGUCUCGCAGGCCAGUGAUGAUCCAAGCCCUGCUGCUGCACAUUGGCCUGACUCCCUGGGCAUAGGGCCUAGAGGCCAGAGGAAGAAGCAGGGUGAAGGAGCUUGUUUUAACAACACUCAUUUCUCUUUUCCUGAGGAAGGGCUUGGGUGUGGGGCAGCGUGCUUGAAGAAUGGAACCUCAUCAGCUGAGUCGGAGGCCACAGAAGCAAGCAAGAGCGAUGACGGUGUAUCCGUCAGCUCAGAGGAAAGCAAAAUGGGGGAAUACAGUUCCGCGCUUCUUGAAGGGAACAGUUCUGAGACAGUGGAAACAGUUUUGCAGGAGAACUGUACUGGCCCUCCCAAGAUGGUGGCAGACAAAGAGUGUGGCAUGGAUGCAUUUCGGAAUGGCAGACCACUCGAGGCUGAGAGGGAGAAGGACAGCCAGGUUAUGUGCCAGAAGCAAAAAGAACUGGAGAAUCAUGAAGAUUCCCUAGUUGAAUCACCACAUGCGGAGAGACCUCAACCCAAUGGCCUGGUUGAGGAACGAGAUGGAGAUGGAUAUGGCCUGCCUCUAGCUCCUUCAAAGGAGGACUCUGUGACCGAGGAGAAGGAGAUGGAGGAGAGCAAGCAGGAGUGUUGCGAGUUGGGCCGCGGCGGCCCUGAAUUGGGAGGUAAACUCAACAACGGGCGCCUGCAGCUGGGCAGUGUGCCCUAUGGCGGUGCCCGACCCAAGCAGCCCCUCAGCCUGAAGCUGCAGAUACCCCGACCACUCUCAGGCCAGGUGCAGAAUGAGCUGGGCUCCUUGGGCAGGAACAAGAACCUGCAAGCCCAGUGCAGGGUGGCUGCUGGCUCCGAGUCGUCCUGUGGGGUGACGGACUCUGGGGCUGGGAGGGUGAACGUUGAGAGUGGGGAUGGUUCCUCGGGCCUGCACGACCCAUUGGAGAAUCCUGACAAUGACCUACAGGCGGGCCAGCAGGGGGUGCUGUCAAGGAAGCCUUUCAGCUCCCUGGGGGAGGUGGCGCCUGUGUGGGUGCCGGACUCCCAGGCACCCAUCUGCAUGAAGUGCGAGGUCAAGUUCACCUUUACCAAGAGAAGGCAUCACUGUCGGGCCUGUGGCAAGGUUUUUUGUGCAGCAUGUUGUAGCCUCAAGUGCAGGCUGAUGUACAUGGACAGGAAGGAGGCACGGGUCUGUGUGAUCUGUCACCAAGCUCUCCUGAAUGCUCCGUCAUGGGAGAACUCCGCAGGUGGCUGCACCCAGAGCCCAAACCCUAACAACCCAGCGGAGUACUGCUCCACUAUUCCCCCUCUGCAGCAGGCUCAGGCGUCAGGGGCCCUCAGCUCACCCCCACCCACCGUCAUGGUGCCUGUCGGGGUCCUCAAGCAGCCAGGCAUGGAUGGUUCUCUCCCUCGUGAGCAGAGGCGGGUGUGGUUCGCUGAUGGGAUUCUACCAAACGGAGAGACUGCAGACUCCACUAAAGAACCUAGUCCAGACCCCAACCCCUCCCAGCCCCUCAAUGUCUCCCAGUUCUCCAGCAAAUCCCAGGCAGCCAGCCCACUGGAGGCCAUCCAGGCCACUGGGGCUCAGAUGAGCAGCCCUGUGGGUAGCUCAGUCAGCCUGAUCCCAGAUGACGGCCUUCCUCCCAUCCUCAUCUCCACAGGCGUCAAAGGAGGUACGGGAGGCUACAUCACAGACUACGCUGUGGAAGAGAGGCCAUCCGAGAUCCAGCUUCUACAACAGCUUGAGGAGGGUGGGCCGGACCCGCUCGUGUUCGUGCUCAACGCCAACCUGCUCGCCAUGGUUAAACUGGUCAACUAUGUAAACAGGAAGUGCUGGUACGUGACGACGAAGGGCAUGCACGCUAUGGGCCAGGCGGAGGUGGUGGUACUGUUGCAGUGUCUCCCUGAUGAGAAGAGUAUUCCGAAAGAUAUCUUUAGUCACUUUGUGCAGCUCUACCAGGAGGCCCUCACAGGGAACGUGUUGAGCCACCUGGGCCAUUCCUUCUUUACGCAGAGCUUCCUGGGCAGCAGGGAGCACGGCGGCUUCCUCUACGUGAGCCCCACCUUCCAGUCCCUGCAGGACCUGCUGCUGCCCAACCCGCCCUACCUCUUCGGCAUCCUGGUGCAGAAGUGGGAGACGCCCUGGGCCAAGGUCUUCCCCAUCCGCCUUAUGUUACGCCUGGGAGCCGAGUACAGAUUCUACCCCUGCCCGCUGUUCAGUGUGCGCUUCAGAAAGCCCCUUUUUGGAGAGACUGGUCACACCAUCAUAAACCUGCUAGCGGAUUUCCGGAAUUAUCAGUACACCUUACCAGUGGUUCGAGGUCUGGUGGUGGACAUGGAAGUAAAAAAGACCAGUAUCAAGAUCCCCAGCAACCGCUACAACGAGCUCAUGAAGGCUAUGAACAAGUCCAACGAGCAUGUGCUGGCCAUGGGUGCGUGCUUUAACGAGCAUGCAGACUCCCACCUAGUCUGUGUGCAGAAUGAUGAUGGCAACUACCAGACACAGGCCAUUAGCAUCCACCACCAGCCUCGCAAGGUGACGGGAGCUUGCUUCUUUGUGUUCAGCGGUGCUUUGAAGGCCUCGUCCGGCUAUCUAGCCAAGACCAGCAUUGUUGAAGAUGGAGUUAUGGUGCAGAUUACAGCAGAAACAAUGGAGGCCUUGCGUCAGGCACUGAGAGAGAUGAAGGACUUCACUAUUGUCUGUGGGAAAGCUGAUCAGGAGGAAAACCAGGAACAAGUCUAUAUUCGGUGGAUAGAGGAUGAUUUAAAUUUCAAUAAAGGAGUCAUCAGCCCCAUUGAUGGAAAAUCUAUGGAGUCUAUCGCUAGUGUAAAGAUCUUCCACGGCUCGGAAUACAAAGCCAAUGGCAAAGUAAUCCGCUGGACAGAGGUGUUUUUUCUUCAGAGUGAGGAUCAGCCCAACAGCCUGAGCGAUCCAGCAGAGCACAGCCGCCUCACAGAGAACGUGGCACGGGCUUUCUGCAUGGCUCUGUGCCCUCAUCUCAAACUGCUCAAAGAGGACGGCAUGGCCAAACUAGGCCUGAGGGUUACACUCGACUCUGACCAGGUGGGCUACCUGGCUGGCAGUAAUGGGCAGCCACUGCUCCCGCAGUAUUUGAGCGAGCUGGAUUGCGCCUUGAUCCCUGUCAUCCACAGUGGAGCAUGCCAGUUGAGUGAGGGUCCUGUGGUCAUGGAGCUCAUCUUCUACAUCCUAGAGAUUAUCUCCUAAAGAGGAAUGUUAUUCUCUCCCCCCGGUCUCCUCCCGUCCGAUGUUCUUUCUCCCACUAUCUUUUUCUCUCUCAUUUGCACUUCAAAGAUCCUGAAAGCCGUGUUGGGGGAAAAUGUAAGAUGCAGCAUUCUUCCAGACCAUCUAUGCACCACAACCCCGACAGUGCAUCUCUACAGGGGUCUCAACCUCAGACUGUGCUGUGUUCUUUCUCCUCCACUGUGGAAGCCAGAGCAGGAGCCCCUGAGCAAGAUCUCGUUGCAGUAAGCGGAACGUACCAUGCACGAUAGGGGGCGAACCCUCAUGAGGUCCAGAACCUAAGUGGAAAAAAACAAUGAACCAUUGGAAGCGGUGAACUGCAGGAGGAAGACCUGCUCUGGGUGAGCAUUCCUUUAGAUUCUGCUGCCCAGUACCUGGAGCUGGUGUUUAGCAGGAAACAAGAGAGAUGGACAAUGCUGAGCUUCAGUCUCACCUCUUAGCUUUAAAAAUCACAUGAUGCUUUAUUUUGACCAAUAUGGACCUUGUAUGGACCUUUCUCUUGAACUGUUCAUUUACUUGUUCACAAGGUAAAUUGCUCCAAAGCUGAAAUGAUGUAGCUUCAUGACAUGCAACCAUAGGAUGGGAGAUGGACUCGCAGGUGAAAAUGAAUAUGGCGCAUGUACAAUUUAUUUAUGGAGUUGGUUACAAAUGGAAUGUUGUUACAUAGAGGUUCUUGUCAACUGAGGCUGGCUUACAAUAAGAUCCACUGGAUAUUUCAAAAGUCCUUCCAGAAGAUAACCAGGAUGCAGUACUUAAGGCAUUUGACAAAGGAACCCCUUUCCUAAAAGGAAUAUACUGCAAAUAUGGAUUAAAAUCAUCCAGUGGUAUACUGGCCCCAUUCUGUUUACAUUUUCCCAGAAGAAAUGGUAUCUGAUGUAUGACUAGUCAAACAAAGGUUAAAACGCACAUCUAUCUUUGGGAUAAUUUAAUUGAGGUCCAUCCCAUCACCUCUCAUGUGAACAGCUCAAGUCUGUAUGACAGUUAUCAAAGAAAUUUCCCUUUCAUAUAAAGAUUAUAUGAGAAAUAGACUUAUUUGCAAUGCAGUGCACUGGAAAUUAAGCCAUUAUCAGGAAAAUAACGGAUAGGGAUGAUGAGCAUUUGUAAUCCGUCCGUUGUCCACUGAUUGGAUUUUUGAUGUGUAGAUACUGUGUGCCUGCUGCAUAGACCAGUUCUGUCAGGGUAAGAAUGGAUUUCAUUGGCUUCUUUUCCUGGUGUUUUUAAAGAUCACGUCGUCAUAAU